AAAGGAAAGAAAUACACCUACACAACAGCUUGAACGCGUCUGCUAGAUCGCUGGUAAACACUCAACUUUGAUCCGAACUUCGUGAAAAUUUUUACACACUUCCUCUGCGCCGAGGGCAUCCUCGGAAGCUAACUUUCUUCCUCAAACAACGCAUUUUCUGAAGCCAGCUUUCCUGCAUCGCUUUCACCGCCCUAAUGGACCUCGACGAGCAAAAGAAGCGCAUAAACAGAGCCAUUUAUGGCAUCACAGGCGCUCCAGAGGCUCAUGCUGGCCAGGUGCAGGCUGUGCAGCGCUUGGUUUACCAGCAUGACGACACAGUCCUCGUUGCGGCGACAGGCUACGGCAAAAGCGCCGUUCUCUACACUGUUUCUGCCCUGACCGAGAAGAUCACGAUACAAAUUGUUCCCUUGACGAAGCUAGGCGAGAAUCAGCGUGACGAUAUCACCAGAAAUGUCCCUAAUCCGAAGCCGGUAUGGAUCGACGCCGACACGCAUCUCAAGAACCGGAACGUUUGGGACCAAGUCAAACAAAUUCAAUAUACUCAUGUGCUUUUGAGCCCAGAACAAGCCCUUUCACCGAAGUUCAAAGCCGUCCUUCGUGAUCCAGCAUUUCACGAAAGAAUCGGGCUUUUUGCGAUAGAUGAGCUGCAUGUUGUCGGCGAGUGGCGAGAAUUCCGACCGGACUUCACAUAUAUACACAUGCUCAGAGCACUGUUGCCACGGAGUGUGCCCUGGUUCGGUUGUACGGCGACCCUGGAUAAAGACAACCAGUCCUAUAUUUUGACCUUGAGAGGCCUGCUGCUCGGAAUCUGACCCGGAAGACAUGUUUUACACAUAAAAUUAGUACCAAUCGACAGCUUAAAUUGAGGGGAUUCCAAAAGUACUAACGGCGUAGUUUUGACCGAUUUGCGCGUAAAAUAUCAUGCAUUCCGUGAAUGCCUUCAAUUGAUGUGGAGGGAGUCAGGAUUCGGAUCCAAUAUUGCACUCAGACCAGCUUGGUGGUGGUUCUUUUCGUUGUGUUCUCCAAUUCUUUUAAAAGUGGGUGCCGCAGGCACCUGAGCCACACCAAGCUGGUCUGAGUU